AUGAAAUUAGGAGAAUACUCUGACAUAGAAUCAUGUUUAUUAAAAUGGUUUCAACAAUGUCUUGACAGAAAAAUUCCAAUAAAUGGACCUAUUCUACGAGAAAAAGCUGAAGACUUUGGACAUAAGUUAGGCCAUGAACAUUUUAAAGCCAGCAGUGGAUGGUUAACAAAUUGGAAAACCAUACAUAGUGUUGUUUUUAAAGAAGUUUGUGGUGAAAGUGGCGCUGUAGAUGUACAAAAAUGUUCCGGAUGGAUGAAUAAUUUACCGAAACUCAUCGAAAAUUAUUCACCAGACGAUAUUUUUAAUGUAGACGAAACAGGAUUAUUUUUCAAAUGUUAA